AUGCGAAGCGCAUCGGUGCGGCAGCUCAGGCUGUUGCAUGGCCCUGCUGGUGCCCCGUUUGCGAAGCCAUUGAGUGCUUCGCUGCCGGGCCGAGGCCGCGAUGUCGGCUUGGCAAAGGUCACACACCCUCACCUGGGGACAACACGGCGACAGCAGCUGGGUACGACUUCAGUUCGGAGUAAAAAGUCUGGUCGAGAUGAUGAGGAGACUGGCACCUACAGCGAAGCCGACCACGAACAUGCUGUCAUCUCAACCUUUGACCUGUUCUCCAUCGGCAUCGGCCCUUCCUCGUCGCAUACCGUCGGCCCAAUGCGGGCUGGCAACAUUUUCGUGACGGACCUCCUCGAGGCUGGUCUCCUGCACAAGGUCCACAAGAUUCGAAUCUCCAUCUAUGGCAGCCUGGCACUCACCGGCGAAGGCCACAUGACACCAUCGGCCUUGGUCCUGGGCCUCGAAAGUGCCGAUGUGGAAUCCGUCGACACGGCCUACGUGCCUGCUCGAUUCGCCGAGAUCAAGGCCACCAAAAAGCUGUUCCUGGGCCAAGGUCUUGCUGGCGGCAAGGGCAAGGAGAUUGAUUUUGAUUACGAGACCGAAUUCGUCUGGGAAUGGGGUCGAAAGCUGCCAAUGCACAGCAACGGCAUGCGAUUCAUGGUCUUCGAUGACCAGGGUGACAUGCUAGCGACCAACGACCUCUUCAGCGUUGGCGGUGGCUUCGUCGUCAACGGCGCUCUAUCGACUGCAGCAUCUUACAGAGAACCGUCUAUCUCCAUGGACAAGGACUCUGGGGCUCCAACACCAGGGACUCAUCCGAAGGAUCUGGGUGAAAACCUGUUCUAUAAAGAAAUCAGACGAUCUGAUGCGGCCGGCGAUCGGAGGAGUGGUAUCGAGGUGAAACCAAAAGACGACGCGAAGCUCUUGGAUCCGGGCAAUGUUGAGAGUGAAGCUGUUGUGGUGUCAUCCGCGGGAGACGCGCAACCCGUGACUGAGGUGGAAGACGACACAAGCAACGCCGCCCAGCCCAGCUACCCUUUCCGGGAUGCGACCAGCCUCCUGGCUCUCUGCCACAAGCAUAACCUUACCAUUGCUCAACUGGUCUACGAAAACGAAAAGAGUCACGGUUACACUGAUGAGGAAAUAUACGCCAAGGUGAUGCGUAUCUGGCACGUCAUGGACCACAGCAUCCUCGAAGGCGUGCAGGCCUCCCCUGAGACCACGCUUCCGGGAUCUCUUAACCUGCAUCGACGCGCACCGGCCUUGUACAAGCGACUCACCAGGGGUCUGUACCCGGCUAGCGCAUACAAGAUCGCCCCUGCUGCCGAGUCUCCUGAAAAAAGCCGGCUGACCGGCGCGACGGGCAUGUCCGGGUCCACAAACCUCGCGACAACGGCAGCGACACCGUCCAAAGUUGGCACAAUCGCCAAACGUGGCCCCCCUCGCAUCCACGGCUCUUUCAGCCACCCAGUCAUGCCGUCUCCCCUGCGCCGGACAGAGUUCCCGGCCAUGGACUACCUGGCCGUCUACGCCAUGGCCGUCAACGAGACCAACGCGGCCGGCGGCCGGAUAGUGACGGCCCCGACCAACGGCGCCGCGGGGAUCAUCCCGGCCGUGCUGAAGUACACGGUCGAGUUCAUCAGCGACGACCCGGAGCGCGACAUCAUGACCUUCCUCCUCACCUCCGCCGCCAUCGGCAUGCUCUACAAGCGCGGCGCGACCAUCUCCGCCGCCGAGGGCGGCUGCAUGGCCGAGGUGGGCGUCGCCUGCUCCAUGGCCGCGGGGGCCUUCGCCGCCUGCAUGGGCGCCAGCCCGGAUACCAUCGAGCAGGCCGCCGAGAUCGGCAUCGAGCACAACCUCGGGCUGACGUGCGACCCCAUCGGCGGCCUCGUCCAGGCCCCCUGCAUCGAGCGCAACGCCCUGGGCGCCAUCAAGGCCAUCUCGAGCGCCAACCUCGCGCUGAGCAGCUCCGGCACCGCAAAGGUGCGCCUCGACGACGCCAUCCGCGCCAUGAGGCUCACGGCGCAGGGCAUGCGCAACGAGUUCAAGGAGACUAGCCUUAGUGGCCUUGCUACGAGCGUGCCGUUUAACAUCCCCGUCAGUGUGCCUGACUGUUGA